AUGUCUGGGAAAAUGACGUUGUACAAGCUGGUGGUGUUGGGAGAUGGAGGUGUGGGAAAGACCGCCCUCACCAUUCAGUUGUGCUUAAAUCACUUCGUCGAAACAUACGACCCGACCAUCGAGGACUCAUAUCGCAAACAAGUCGUCAUCGACCAACAAUCAUGUAUGCUCGAGGUGCUGGACACAGCGGGUCAAGAAGAAUACACCGCACUACGAGACCAGUGGAUUCGAGAUGGAGAAGGCUUCGUCCUGGUAUAUAGCAUCACCUCGCGCGCCUCCUUCUCCCGCAUCACCAAAUUUUACAACCAAAUCAAAAUGGUCAAGGAAUCCUCCAGCUCCGGCUCCCCCUCCGGGCCCAGCUACCUCAACUCGCCCAUGAAUCCCUCCGGUCCCGCUAUGCCGGUCCCCGUGAUGCUCGUCGGCAAUAAGAGCGAUAAGGCCGUCGAGCGCGCCGUCUCCGCACAAGAAGGUCAAGCCCUCGCCAAGGAGCUAGGCUGCGAUUUCGUCGAGGCCUCUGCAAAGAACUGCAUCAAUGUGGAAAAGGCCUUUUACGACGUGGUUCGGAUGCUGCGCGUGCAGCGACAACAAGCCGCCGGUGGUCGCGGCGCCGAUCGUCGCCCGCCGGGCUUCGGAUCCGGUCGUGAUCGCGACGCUGGCCCUGAAUAUCCAAAGUCAUUCCGGCCCGACAAGCGACAUCGCAGUCGGCUCCAGUGUACUCUCCUGUGA